AUUAACUGAAGCACAUCGAACAGCUGUGAAAGUCAUCAGGAGAAUGCAGUAUUUUGUAGCCAGAAGAAAAUUUCAGCAAGCUCGGAAGCCGUACGACGUACGGGACGUGAUCGAGCAGUACUCGCAGGGACACCUCAACAUGAUGGUCCGGAUAAAAGAACUUCAAAGAAGGUUGGACCAAUCCUUGGGAAAGCCAGGUCUUUUCCUCCCAGAAAAAGGGGUAGACAAAGGAUACUACAGCAUAGGAGCCAGACUGAUCCGGCUGGAGGAUAAGGGGCUUCAGCUGCAAGGUUUACCUACAUGGACCCUGAAGAAAAUUAAUGCAAAUUAA